GCCAUCAGUGAUGCUUCCUGUCCUCGUCUUGGCUGUCGCUCUGUGCCUGGACAGCGUCCACGCUCAGGCUGCUGUGGAGAGUGUGACCACAGGGAAUGUUUACGUGUCAACGCUGAGCCCUGCCACUGCCAGUCGAAUCCUCGCUUUCAAUGAAUCAAUCUUGGGCCCUCCGACCAAUUUGGAAGGGGAGAGGGUGGGAUCCACUGGCAUCCUGCUGUCCUGGACGCCUCCCUCCACUUCCAGUGGACAGAUCCUGUCCUAUGCCAUUAAAUACAAAGAGGUGUGUCCUUAUCCCGAAUCCACGUUCACCCAGACGCUGACCAACUCUGAAAUUCCAGAAUUCCUCCUCAACACCUUAACCCCCGGAUCCACCUAUAACAUCAAGGUGGCAGCAGAAGACAGGCGUGGCAUUGGGAUCUUCAGCAAGUCUCUCUACAUGAAAACGGCAGAGGCCCCCCCUGGCCUGGUAACCAACCUUAGUGCCUUUGCUCAGAAUCACUCCUUUGUCAAGGUGACAUGGUAUUUGCCCAAACACACCAAUGGGCUGAUCACCAAAUUCUCCGUCAAAGCCAAGCACGCCCGAACUGGCCAGACUGUGAGAACUUUAGAGAUCAACGCUGAGGACAUUAUGACGGGAGCCAUCCCACACUGCAACGAUGCGGCAGAGAUCCUGUCUCGUGGCACCCCCAGCCCCCUGGACACCUCCAUUUUGACUUCGGCCUCCUUGCCGCUCAUCACGCUCUCGGCCGCCCCUCCCGCUGCUUCCUGGAUGGUGCCCAUCACUGUGGGCAUGGACCAGCUGCGUCCGUACACCGCCUACGUGUUCGAGGUGUCCGCCUUCACCAGCGAUGGCGAGGGCCAGAUCGCCAGCUACAUGGUCCGAAUGCCCGAGUCAGCCCCCGAGGAUCCGCCCCAGAACCUGUCUGUGUGGAACAUCACAUCCAAGUCCUUCUCUGUUUCCUGGGACCCACCGACCAUCAUCACUGGGCGCUUCAGCUAUGUGCUGGAGCUCCACGGCCCUGCUGGUUUCAUGUUUGAAAACAGCACCAUUGAUAUGAAGCUAUCAUACUCCAGUCUCACCCCCUAUACGAACUACAGGCUGGUUAUUCGAGCUAAAUCCGCUGGUGCUCUUGGACCAGAGGCAGUAACCACUGUUCUGACUCCAGCAGAGGCUCCCAGUGCCGUGAAUGACCUCACCACAACGGCAAUUGACUCCACAUCGGUGAAACUAUCAUGGAGGAGUCCCAGCCAUCCUAAUGGACUUAUCACCCAGUACAAGAUUCUGGUUCUCAUCCAGGACACAGUGGUGCAGAACAUCACGCUCACUGGAAGGGAAAAUGUGGAGGGUAACAGGUUACUCAGGACCAGAAGGGAUAUGAUCGAUCUUUUGCCACAACCUUACAGAAGAUCUAUCAACUUCAACUCAACAACUUCGCUACCUCUAUCCCAAGGCACACCAUCUCCCCUGUCUACCACAAGUCUUCCUGACAAAGGCACCACCCAAACAGCCUCCACCCAAACAGCCUCCACCCAAAAAGCCUCCACCCAAACACCGACCCCCCUGACGCUCACCCCCUCUCCCUCGGCUUCCCCUCCAGCCUGGCUAACAGCCACCGUUCCCUCCCGAGCAUCUAAUGGUCAUGUACAGGAUAUACCCGCCCCGACUGGCACUGAUCCUACAGGGACGAUGCAGGCUUUCACUGCUCCCAUUGGCUCCGACCCGACUCAGACCCGGUUCUCAACACGCUCUGCUACUCCAGGUGAUGUCACAGAAGUCAUGGUUCCCACUGUAGAGGUGAUCGACAUGUUCGCUGAUCCAAUCUCCUACAUGGUUCAAAACCUCAGUCCCUUUACGGAAUACACAUUCACCGUUUCCGCCUUCACAGCCGUCGGGGAAGGACCUGUGAUGGAAAUCGUGGCGAAAACUAGGGAGCAGGUGCCAAGCUCUGUUCAGAGCAUCUCUUGCCAAAAUGUAAGCACCACCUCCAUCCUGGUGUCCUGGAAAGCUCCUCUGUACCCAAACGGCAAGAUCACGCAUUACACUGUCUAUGGGCUGGACCUGAGCAACCAAGAGUCUUUCAAGUGGGUUACCGAUGAGACCAGCAUCGUCCUUACAGAACUGAAGAAAUACACUCGAUAUAAGCUGCGAGUGGCGGCUUCUACGGCUGUUGGAGAGAGCGCCCUAUCUGAGGAGGACGACGUCUUCGCUGUCACCAUGGAAGACGAGCCUGAGUCACCUCCGGUGAACCUAGCUGUUUACAACACCACCUCUUCCACUGCCAUGGUCACAUGGUGGCCACCGGAGGCACCCAAUGGGAUAAUCACGCUCUACAAGAUCUUCUUCUGGAACUCCACAUUUGGCGCGGUGGUCAACAGCACAUCCCCGAACGUCACGCUUCGUGGUUUGAAACCCUUCUCUUUCUACAACGUAUCUGUCAGAGCUUACACCAAGUAUGGACAUGGAAAUCAAACAUCUGCUGUUUUAGAGAUCUUAACUGCUGAAGAUGUUCCUGGGAGCCCCCCCUUCAACCUUACCUAUGAGAGCAUCAACUCCACUGAGGUGUUGGUCUCCUGGCAAGCACCCCUGCUGGCCAACGGCAUCAUCUUGUUCUACACAGUGGAGUAUUGGAACUCUACCCACAACCUCAACCUCAGCACCCCCGGAACCGCAGCCCGCCUCUUCAAUCUCCGCAAGUUUGCCCGUUACCGCGUGAUGAUCCAGGCCAACACCCGGCUGGGCAGCGGGAACCAGACCAGUGAGAUCCUUAACAUCACCACGCUGGAGGAUGUACCAAGUUCUCCCCCUCGAUUCCUGUUUGCCAGAAGGUUGUCUGAUCACCAAGUAGAGUUGUCCUGGACACCACCGUUAGAAGCAAAUUCAGAAAUCCUGUACUAUCUCGUACGUGUCUGGAAUCUGACAUUUGAGCAUAUACAGAAUGUCACUGUCACCUCCCUGGUGGUGACUGUCGAAGAUGGUGGUCAGUACAAUGCGUCAGUCUCUGCCUGGACCAGACUAGGGGACGGGGGCAUUCUGGUCUUCGUCAUGUUCACAGCCUUGGAUACAGGUCCAGCUGAUCCUCCACAGAACAUCUCCUCCGUCAGCUUAACUUCCAGCUCAGUACAACUGAUGUGGCUCCCUCCCUCUCAGCCCAAUGGACUCAUCCUGUUUUACACUGUCUACUACAGUAACAGCUCCGGCGUUUACAUCCAGCGGGUCCCCGUGUUUGACUUGGACCCCCGUUUGUCAGAGGGACCCCACUCCGUCGCCAUAGAAAAUCUAGCUAAGGGAAGCAACUACAGCCUAUGGCUGACCUCCAGCACCACACAGGGGGACGGCGGCGUCCAGAGUGACAUCAUCUACGUGCAGACCCCAGAGGAUGUUCCAGACGGGCCGAUCCACAACCUCACGGCCCUGAACUUCUCCUCCACUGCCAUCAUCGUGAGCUGGGACCCCCCCAUCUCACCCAACGGGCGAGUCUUCUACCACCUGACCCUCAAGGAGGCACACGAUGCCUCUGGCAACCGGACGGACAAGACGACCAGCGACACGGUGUUCCUGUUCACCAAGCUGAAGAAGUACACCGACUACGUGCUGAGCGUCACGCCAGCCACCUCUGCUGGCCACUCAGAGAACAGCACCACCGUUCUCCACUUGAGGACUGACGAUGACAUUCCCUCAUCGCCACCUGUGAUGGUCUCCAGUAGGAACGUCACUUCCUCAUCCAUCCACCUGUCCUGGCUGCCCCCGGCGGAGCCCAACGGCAUUAUCACUGGGUAUUCAUUGGUGGUGCAAGGGCAAGAGGGCUCCACUGCCAGCAGCACCCCCAACAGCACCGUGAUGCUCACUGGGCUGAUGCCCUUCACCCCCUACAACGUGUCCCUCGCGGCGGUCACCCGCCGGGGCACGGGGCCCGUCCUCACUCUGCUUCUCCACACCGAUGAAACCGGCCCCGCCUCCCCGCCCAGGAACCUGAGUAUCCUGAACCACACGGCAGAUUCUGUGUGGCUGGCCUGGGAGCCCAGCCCAGACCCCAACGGCAUGGUUCAGUUCUAUGGCUUUCAGAUCCUGGAGCUCAAUAGGCAUAUUUAUACAUACUGGAAUUCAUCUGGGCCAGCCACUCGUGCCCAUCUGACGGGAUUCCGACCUCACAGCACGUACCAGAUCAGCGUGAGCACCUUCACCAGGGUGGGGAACGGCGAUCAAUACAGCGGGCCCGUCACGUUUAAAACCAACGAGUCAGUGUCAGGUCCUGUCGGGAACCUCUCCUGUUCCGGCUCGAAGUGGGACUCCGUGCUCCUCCAGUGGGAGCUGCCAGUCGACCCUAAUGGAGAGAUCACCCACUACCUGAUCCAGUUCUCGGAGCAGGAGCGGGAGCUGAGCGCCUCCGUGAACCAGCACACCAUGGGGAGCCUGCAGGCUGACACCCAGUACACCUUCAGCGUGAUGGCGGUCAACUCAGCCGGGCCUGGAGAACGCGCGAUCUGCACUGCCAGUACGCCGCCUGAAAAAGUCCCAGGACCUCCAAGACUCCUGAAUGUAACUGAAGUCCAGGCAACCGCGGUGUCUCUAAGCUGGUUUCCUCCAGAGGAGGUUCUGGGGUACUUGAGGGAGUACCUCAUCGUGAUCCAGCUACUAUCCCAGAGCUGCCAGGAUUGGACCUCUCCUGGCUGCCUGGAGAGCCAGGACGAGGAACACACCAGCGGGACAGGAAGUAUCCCACAGUACACCCUCCAGUCCCUCUUCAAAUACAGGAGUUACAGGUUCAGGGUGUCAGCCUGCACCAAUGCGGGCUACGGCAACGGCUCAGACUGGGUGUAUGCAAGGACCCUAGCUGGCGACGCUGAUGCCCCUCCCCAUGCCGUGUCCGUGUUGCCCUCCUCCAACAGCCUCAACAUCCAAUGGAAGCCCCCGGAGGUGCUGUCAGGCCCCACCUCCUACCUCGUUGACGUUGUCCCACUCGACGGCCUGGGCACCAACCUGACGGUGGUGCGAAGACCCGGGGAGAUUCAGGCGGUGGUAGUGUCCAACCUCACGGCCUUCACCCGCUAUGCUGUGACCGUGACGGCCUUCACGGGGGACGUGAGGGAUGCCAGAAUGAAUGGCAAAGCCAGUGAGGUGGUGCACGUCAGGACGCUAGAGAAUGAGCCGAAAGAUCCUCCCAAAAACGUCACCCUGCACCUGAUUCCAGAAGAGGUGACCAGGGUCCGAGUGACAUUUUCUCCACCUGACGUUCCCAAUGGCAGAAUCAUCGGCUACAGUGCCAUGGUCUACAUGGGAGACGAGCUGGCUUUCCAUAUCCAGGAGCUCCCGCUCCAGCAGUACGAAAACGGGACCAUUGCUGCCAUCAUAGACGGUCUCAAGGGCGGCUACAGCUACCACAUACAGAUUUCUGCCAUCAACAGGGCAGGCGUAGGACCCAGUUCAGAAGUGAAAGUCACUACAGGAAUUAAGCCUCCUCCCAAGCCCAGUAAGAGACCUAUGCCAGCUCUGAGCCCAAGUGGGGCUAUCAUGGUCACCACCAGAACCAUCACUAUCCAGAUGCCGAUUUGCUUCUUCUCCGAUGCCCAUGGGCCCAUCCACAAAGUGCAAGUCAUCGUCGCAGAAAAUGGAGUGAUGAAUGAGUACAACGUGACCAACUGGAAGAAUGCCUUCUACUACAAGCCUGCGCCGUACAUCACCGAUGAAGGCUUCCUGAACCCCAACUGCCAUGACAUCAUGAGCAGAAAUGCUGCAGAAGAAGACACGUAUGUGAUUGGGAACGAGGACGGCUGUGCGUCUCCUGAGAAGGACCAGGCCUUCUGCAAUGGGCCUCUGAAGCCGAGGACACAUUAUGUGUUUAAAUUCCGUGCGACAAACAUGAAAGGACAAUAUACUGAUUCUGAAUACUCUGAUCGUAUAAAAACCUCAGAUGACCAGUUGCUGACUCGAGAUGAGGAGAUCAUCCUGGGGGUGCUCUUAUCCCUCCUCCUCGUCUUCUUCCUCAUAGUGAUCAUCUACGCUUUUGUACGAAUCCACCAAAAGCAAAAGGAGGGCGGUACAUACUCCCCGCGGGAGGCAGAGAUCAUUGACACCAAGCUGAAGCUGGACCAGCUGAUUGCCGUGGCGGACCUGGAGCUGAAGGAGGAGAAGCUGAACCGGUACUCCUCGUUUUUCUUCAGACGGAAGGAGAUAUUUGUCAUCCAGCUGCUCAGUUACAGAAAACCUCUCAGACCCAUCAGCAAAAAGACCUUCCUGCAGCACGUGGAGGACCUGUGUACCAAUGACAAUGCCAAGUUCCAGGAGGAAUUUGCGGAACUCCCUAAGGUUCUGCCGGACCUUGCGACUACCGACGCCGAUCUGCCGUGGAACAGAUCCAAGAACCGCUUCACAAAUAUCAAGCCAUACAACAAUAACCGUGUGAAGUUGCUGUCAGAGCCUGGCAUACCUGGGUCGGACUACAUCAACGCCAGCUUCGUCUCGGGCUAUUUGUGCCCCAACGAGUUCAUCGCCACGCAGGGCCCGCUGCCGGGCACGGUGGGCGACUUCUGGAGGAUGGUGUGGGAAACGCGUACGCGCACCAUAGCCAUGCUGACCCAGUGCUUUGAGAAGGGCAGGAUCCGCUGUCACCAGUACUGGCCCGAGGACAACAAGCCCGUGACCGUGUUCGGUGACAUCGUCAUCACCAAGCUAGCAGAGGACGUGUUCCCUGACUGGACCGUGCGAGUCCUUAAAGUCGAGAGGCAUGGGGACUACAUGGUUGUGAACCACUUCAACUUCACAUCCUGGCCGGAGCACGGCGUGCCGGAAUCCAGCGCCACCCUCAUUCAGUUUGUGAAGUCCAUCCGCGCCAACAGAGGACGGGACAACUCCAAUAUUGUGGUGCACUGCAGCGCUGGAGUGGGCCGCACUGGUGUCUUCAUUGCCCUGGACCACCUGGUCCAACACGUGAGGGACCACGACUUUGUGGAUGUGUACGGCCUAGUGGCGGAGCUACGCAGCGAGCGCAUGUGCAUGGUGCAGAACCUGGCGCAGUACAUGUUCCUGCAUCAGAGCACACUGGACCUCCUGUCAAGUAAAGGAAAUAGCCAGUCGAUCUGGUUUGUUAGCUAUUCAUCCCUGGAAAAGAUGGACUCUUUGGAUGCUAUGGAAGGUGAUGUUGAGCUUGAAUGGGAGGAAACCACGAUGUGAAGAUCUCAAUGAUAUGGGAUCAUCAUCUUUCAGCAUUCGCCUUGCAGAGGAGUUCCGAGACUCUGUACCUUUUGAACGCUAAAGCCAAAUCUUUGUAAAUAGUCACCUGUGGAAAAAGCUAUUUUCAGUGCUGUGGUUCUCACCAAUACACCAAGAUAGACUUCCGCUUAGUCAGUGCAUGAAUAGUAAAUGUAUAUAACGACCGCUUAUCUAUUUAAGCAAGCAAAGCUAUCUUGCACUGACAGACUUCUCCUUAUAUGUGGUACUUCAGGCCGGGUUGCUGUUGCAUAUGCCCGUGUGAGAUACAUGAAGCCAAAGCUGUACUUUGACGAUUAUGUUGUUGUUACGUGCUAUUGAAUGUAUUUGGUGUGUGUGAUCUGUAUUUACGCUGGAUGUCGAACAUUGGAGUGUUACUGCAAAGUA